GGUUAAAGGGGCGGGGCCUGCGGUGGCCCAGCCCGCGGCUCCGGGCCAUCCCGAGUCCGCAGUGCCGGCAGCAGAGCGGCGCCGCCAUGGAGGCCACCGGGGUCCUGCCGUUCGUGCGCGGCGUAGACCUCAGCGGGAACGACUUCAAGGGUGGCUACUUUCCUGAGAAUGUUAAGGCCAUGACCAGCCUGCGAUGGCUGAAGUUGAACCGGACAGGCCUCUGCUACCUCCCUGAAGAACUAGCUGCCCUACAGAAGCUGGAGCACCUGUCUGUGAGCCACAACAACCUGACCACACUACAUGGGGAACUGUCCAGCUUACCUUCGCUUCGGGCCAUUGUAGCACGAGCCAACAACCUGAAGAAUUCUGGAGUUCCUGAUGAUAUCUUCAAGCUGGAUGACCUCUCAGUCCUGGACUUGAGCCACAACCAGUUGACAGAGUGCCCACGGGAGCUGGAGAAUGCCAAGAACAUGCUGGUGCUCAACCUCAGCCAUAACAGCAUUGACUCCAUCCCCAACCAACUAUUCAUCAACCUUACGGACCUGCUGUACCUGGACCUCAGUGAGAAUCACCUGGAGAGCCUACCGCCUCAGAUGCGCCGCCUUGUGCACCUGCAGACACUGGUGCUCAACGGGAACCCACUGCUGCAUGCUCAACUCCGGCAGCUCCCAGCGAUGAUAGCCCUACAGACCCUUCACCUUCGGAACACACAGCGCACCCAGAGCAAUCUUCCCACUAGCCUGGAGGGCCUGAGCAACCUUGCAGAUGUGGACCUGUCAUGCAACGACUUGACACGGGUGCCUGAGUGCCUAUAUACCCUCCCCAGCCUGCGCCGCCUCAACCUUAGCAGCAACCAGAUUUCAGAGCUGUCGCUGUGUGUUGACCAGUGGGUGCACAUGGAGACUUUGAACCUGUCCCGCAACCAGCUCACCUCUCUGCCUUCAGCCAUUUGCAAGCUGACCAAGCUGAAGAAGCUGUACUUGAACUCCAACAAGCUGGACUUCGAUGGGCUGCCCUCUGGCAUUGGCAAGCUCAGCAGCCUGGAGGAGUUCAUGGCUGCCAACAACAACCUGGAGCUGAUUCCCGAAAGUCUCUGCAGAUGCCCAAAGCUGAAGAAACUCGUCUUGAACAGGAAUCGCCUGGUGACCCUCCCAGAGGCCAUUCACUUCCUUACAGAGAUUGAGGUCCUGGAUGUGCGGGAGAACCCCAGCCUGGUCAUGCCGCCAAAGCCUGCUGACCAUGCUGCUGAGUGGUACAACAUUGACUUCUCACUGCAGAACCAGCUGAGGCUGGCAGGCGCUUCCCCUGCCACAGUGGCUGCAGCUGCAGCUGUAGGGAGUGGGGCCAAAGACCCCUUGGCUCGAAAGAUGCGGCUACGGAGGCGCAAGGACUCAGCCCAGGAUGACCAGGCUAAGCAGGUGCUAAAAGGCAUGUCAGAUGUGGCCCAGGAGAAGAACAAAAAGCAAGAGGAGAAUGCAGAUGCCCGGACCCCUGGGGGGAAGGUACGGCGCUGGGACCAGGGCCUGGAGAAGCCACGCCUUGACUACUCAGAGUUCUUCACAGAGGAUGUGGGCCAGCUGCCUGGCUUAACCAUUUGGCAAAUUGAGAACUUUGUGCCCGUGUUGGUGGAGGAAGCCUUCCAUGGCAAGUUCUAUGAGGCUGACUGCUACAUUGUACUCAAGACCUUUUUGGAUGACAGCGGCUCCCUGAACUGGGAGAUCUACUACUGGAUCGGCGGAGAGGCCACUCUUGACAAGAAAGCCUGCUCUGCUAUCCAUGCUGUUAACCUGCGAAACUACCUGGGUGCUGAGUGCCGUACUGUUCGGGAAGAGAUGGGCGAUGAAAGUGAAGAGUUCCUGCAGGUUUUUGACAACGACAUCUCCUACAUUGAAGGAGGAACAGCCAGUGGCUUCUACACUGUGGAAGAUACACACUAUGUCACCAGGAUGUACCGUGUAUAUGGGAAAAAGAACAUCAGGUUGGAGCCUGUACCCAUCAAGGGUGCCUCCCUGGAUCCAAGGUUUGUGUUCCUGCUGGACGGAGGGCUGGACAUCUACGUGUGGCGAGGGGCCCAAGCCACACUGAGCAGCACUACCAAGGCCAGGCUUUUUGCAGAGAAAAUCAACAAGAAUGAGCGUAAAGGGAAAGCAGAAAUCACGCUCCUGGUGCAAGGCCAAGAGCCCCCCGAGUUCUGGGAGGUGCUGGGUGGGGAGCCAUCUGAAAUCAAGAAACAUGUACCUGACAACUUUUGGCCACCCCAGCCCAAGCUGUACAAGGUGGGCCUGGGCCUGGGCUACCUGGAACUGCCACAGAUCAACUACAAGCUCUCAGUGGAACAUAAAAAACGGCCCAAGGUGGAACUGAUGCCCGGAAUGAGACUGCUGCAGAGCCUGCUGGACACACGAUGUGUGUACAUCCUGGACUGUUGGUCUGAUGUGUUCAUCUGGCUUGGCCGCAAGUCCCCACGCCUGGUGCGUGCUGCAGCACUCAAGCUGGGCCAAGAACUAUGUGGGAUGCUACACCGACCUCGCCAUGCAGUGGUUAGCCGCAGCCUGGAGGGCACUGAGGCUCAGGUGUUUAAAGCCAAGUUCAAAAAUUGGGACGAUGUAUUGACAGUGGACUACACACGCAACGCAGAGGCUGUGUUGCAGGGCCUGGGGCUCUCUGGGAAGGUGAAGCGUGACACUGAGAAAAAAGACCAGAUGAAGGCUGACCUCACUGCACUCUUCCUGCCUCGGCAGCCACCAAUGGCACUGGCUGAGGUGCCACCGCAGUACGCUACCCUCUUGUCCUCUUCCCUGGGCAGCCCCUGCUCACCCCUGUCUAAUCACAGGUACUGGGUGCCUGUGGAGUAUGAGGAGGAAGGGAAAAAGGAAGACAAGGAGAAGGCCUCAGCAGAGAGCAAAGAAGGGGAAGAGGCAGCAGCCGAAGCAGAAAAGCAACCAGAGGAGGAUUUCCAGUGCAUCGUUUACUUCUGGCAGGGUCGGGAAGCUUCCAAUAUGGGCUGGCUCACCUUCACUUUUAGUCUGCAGAAGAAGUUUGAGAGCCUCUUCCCCGGCAAGCUGGAGGUAGUACGCAUGACACAGCAGCAGGAGAACCCCAAGUUUCUGACACAUUUUAAGAGAAAAUUCAUCAUCCACCGAGGCAAAAGAAAGGUGGCCCAGGGUGCCCUCCAGCCAAGCCUCUACCAGAUCCGCACCAAUGGCAGUGCACUCUGUACCCGGUGCAUCCAGAUCAAUACUGAUUCCAGCCUCCUCAACUCUGAGUUCUGCUUCAUCCUCAAGGUCCCCUUUGAGAGUGAAGACAAUCAAGGCAUUGUAUAUGCCUGGGUGGGCCGAGCAUCAGACCCUGACGAAGCCAAGCUGGCAGAGGACAUCCUGAAUACUAUGUUUGAUACCUCCUACAGCAAACAGGUCAUCAACGAAGGCGAGGAGCCCGAGAACUUCUUCUGGGUGGGCAUUGGAGCACAGAAGCCCUAUGACGACGAUGCCGAGUACAUGAAGCACACGAGGCUGUUCAGAUGCUCCAAUGAGAAGGGCUACUUUGCAGUGACUGAAAAGUGCUCUGAUUUCUGCCAAGAUGACCUGGCGGAUGACGAUAUCAUGUUGCUAGACAAUGGCCGAGAGGUCUACAUGUGGGUGGGGACCCAGACAAGCCAAGUAGAGAUCAAACUGAGUCUGAAGGCCUGCCAGGUAUACAUCCAGCACACACGCUCCAAAGAAAAUGAACGACCACGUUGUCUGCGCCUGGUCCGCAAAGGCAAUGAGCAGCGGGCCUUCACCCGCUGCUUCCAUGCCUGGAGCACCUUCCGCCAAGCUCCAGCGUAGGUAGUCGUGUGGCCCGUUGAGGAAGAAGCAUCCUUUCAGCACCUGCUCCAGCUACCUACCAGUCACCUGCCUGUUUAGCAGUUCAGCCCCCAGCCCCACCAAUGUGUGUGAGAGUAUGCAGCAGAUGUAGUUUAAGAGAUAUUAAAUGCUUUUAUUUUCAGUAUUAAAAA